AUGAGCGCCCAGAAGUCUGUCGAGAUUGCAAAGUCGCUGCCGCCGCGAUUACUGCGCUUCUUCCAAAAGUACCCGCCACCAUCGCUCUUCCCCAGUCUCUCAUCUCAACUCGCAUCACCGACUUCACACGCAACCCCAGACACAAUAUCGACAACCCCACCAACCGACCCCAAUGCUUCCAUGACAGAGACUUCGGCUCCAGACGUCGUCCCAAGACCCUCAAAUGCGCCUUCAAAUUCAGACAUACCGCCAGAAGCACACGAUCUGCCCUACCCAAACCCAUUUCUUCCACACAAGAACUUCGCAACCGGACGAUGGCACUCUCCCGCCUACGGGCUCCGGAAACAAGCUGACCUCGUCAAGCUUGCAUCAGAACACGGUGUCGUCGAUCUAUUACCCUGGACCAUCAAAAAGCCAGGCGAGAAGGAAAGGCGGAGGGUAGAAAGAGGACUGCAAGUCAAGGGCACAGGUGAGGGACAGAAGGUCAAGGGAAAGCUGUGGGAGCGAACACUGAAGGGACGUUUGGAGAUGAGGAGACAGGCUAUGCUGAACAUGCCCGCUUUGAUCCAGGAAUGGAAACAGAGGGGACACGGAAGAGGCUGGAAGAAGUGGCCCAGUGGAAAGGCGAAAUAG